AUGGCCGCAGCAAUCCCGUGCCCACCCCGCGGCAUCUACGUCCCCGCCGUGGCCUUCUUCAACCCCGACGAGACAAUCGACUUUGAUGCAAUCCGAGCGCAUCUCACGCGCCUGGCCAAGGGCGGCGUCGACGGCCUCGUCAUCCAGGGUUCCAACGGAGAGGCCAUGCACAUGCUGCACGACGAGCGGCAGCAGGUGCUGAGACUAGCCAGGGAAGUCCUCAACGAGCACGGCAAGCCUGGGUCCGUCAUUGUGGCGGGAUGCGGCGUCCAGAGCACGAGAGAGACAAUCCAGCUGUGCCGCGAGGCCAAGGAGGCGGGCGCCGAUUAUGCGCUGGUGCUGUCGCCGAGCUACUGGGUUGGCGCAAUGCAAAAGCCCGUCAUCUUCAAUUUCUUCAACGACGUCGCCUCCGCCUCUCCCAUCCCCAUCGUCCUCUACAACUUCCCCGCCGUCACCGGCGGCAUCGACCUCGACUCGGACAUGAUCAUCAACCUAGCCGUCGCCAACCCCAACAUUGUCGGCGUCAAGCUCACCUGCGGCAACAUGGGCAAGCUGCAGCGCAUCGCCCACGACCCGCGCAUCGGCCGGCCCUUUGCUGCCUUUGCCGGAAAGACGGACUUUUUCCUGCACGGCCUGGUCGGCGGCUCUCAUGGUGUUAUUGCUGCCACGGCGAAUCUACUGCCCAAGACGCACCAACACAUGCUGCGGCUGUACGACGAGGGCAAGCUCAAGGAGGCCCAGGAGCUGCAGACACGGUUCAGCAGGGCCGACUGGGCGCUCGUCCAGCUGGGGAUUGCGGGCAUCAAGGCGGCGCUGCAGAAGUACUAUGGGUACGGCGGUGGCCGGAGCAGGAGGCCAUUGGGGAGCACCGUGGAUGCGGCCAAGUUGGAUGGCGAGGUGGACGUGGCUGUGGGAGGGCUGAUUGAGCUUGAGAAUUCGCUGUGA